CAAAAGUAGAUUUGACAUUAGAAGAAGUCGAAAAAGAACGUGCAGAAAUUGCCAAGGAAUUAUCGAUUUUAAAGAGCAAAGAACGUAAACAUCGAUGGUACGAGCAAAAAAAGAAAGAAAGGAUGGAUUCAGGAUUUGGAGAGGCAGAAGUAGAAUCUUUAAAUAAUAACAAUAAUGAAUCUUUAAAUCAGGAAGGU